AUGGAGUCUCGGCGAUCGCGUGGUCCUGCAAGGUUUUCCAGGCAGGUCCAUGCCCUCUUCCUCAAGAACCUCUCUUUCCAGAGGAGGAACGCGAGGACGAACGCCGCGAUCGCCGCGUUCCCAGUGCUGCUCUGCGUGCUCCUCGUCACCAUCCAGCACGUGGUGGACAGCGAGCUGGAGCGGCCUCCGUUCCGGUGCGGCUGCGUCGGCACGGAGUGCGGCAUCCAGUACUCCACGCCCAUCCAGGCGCUCGCCUGCGCCGUGCCCGCGCCGCCGAGGUGGCCGCCGCUGGUGCAGGUGCCGCCCACCGAGGCGCGUGCACUGACGGGCCUGCACCCGCGGCCGUGCAACGCGUCGGAGAACUGCCCCGCCACCGUGCUUCUCACCGGCCAGAACCGCCAGCUUGCCCAAGGCCUUGGAAGCUUGCUGUUCCCACCAGUCCCCCCACAGUACGGACUCAUGCCUGCUGCUUCGAAUUCUUCCGACUACCUGGAUUUGUUCUCGACAAUAGUUCCUGGUUCAAGCUCGCUGCCGGCGCAUAUUCUGUUCAUUGAACCGGGUCUCGUUCCAAACGAGACCUUGUAUCUGCUCCAACCGCAGUGCUGGUCAGAGUCACGCAAUUUUUCAGCACCUUUUGAUGGGAUACCAAUAGAAUCUGAUAUGCAGUGCGUUCAAGCUUUGUUGUCGUGGUGCGACAAUUCAUCGGUGAUAAAUAACCAUAUGUUCAAGGGUUAUAAGGGUGGGAAUAAGAGGCGAAGAUCUAACGAAUUCCUCGCUGGUUAUGACUUCCUUGAUACAAGCAAGAGGCGCUUCCAUGUAUAUGUUUGGUACAACUCCAGCUUCAGCAGAGAUAAUGGACACCAUCCCAUGACAGUUUUGCGUGUUUCACGGUUGGUUAAUAUGGCAUCCACUGCAUAUCUGAACUUUUUUAAAGGAGAAAAUGCAGAGAUGCGCCUCCAGUUUUUGAAAGAAAUGCCCAAAGCUGCAGUUAAAAUGAGGCUGGACUUUACCACUCUCCUGGAUGCACUGUUCUUUACCUGGACGGUUCAGCUCCUCCUUCCAGUAAUAUUGACAUACCUUGUUUACGAGAAGCAGCAGAGACUAAGACUAAUGAUGAAGAUGCAUGGGCUGAAGGAUGCACCUUACUGGCUGAUAUCUUACGCCUAUUUCUUGGCCCUUUCAGCAGCUUACAUGAUGAUUUUCAUCAUCUCUGGGUCCAUUAUAGGGCUGGUUAUAUUCAGACUAAAUAGCUACAUCAUACAGUGUCUGUUCUACUUCGUAUGCAUCAACCUGCAGAUCGUGCUUGCUUUUCUGCUUGCAACUUUCUUCUCGUCUGUCAAGACUGCUAGUGUGAUUGGUUACAUGUAUGUCUUUGGCACUAGCCUUCUUGGUGAAGCGCUUUUGAAGAUAUUCAUCGAGGAUGCAACCUUCCCAAGACAUUGGCUUGUAACAAUGGAGCUUGUUCCUGGGUUCUCCCUGUACCGAGGAAUAUACGAGCUUGCAGAGUAUGCCGCUGCUGGAAGGAACAUGGGAAAACCUGGGAUGCGAUGGGUGGACUUGAACGACCCGGUUAACGGGAUGAAAGAUGUUUUGGUUCUAAUGUCUAUCGAAUGGAUAGUUCUCCUCCUUGUAGCAUUUUUACUGGACCAUAGACCUGCAUGGCACUGGCAGCCUCUGUUUCUCUUUGGAUUUCUAUCGACAAAACAUUCAUCGCCAUCACUUAAACCAAACAAAUUGAAGAGGCAAUCCAGGAGGGUCCAUGUUUAUACGGCAAAGCCUGAUGUGUCCCUAGAGCGCAAGGUGGUGAGACGAUUAUUAAAGGAUAUGGACAUGAGGAAUAUGAUCAUCUGCCAUAAUCUGAAGAAAGUGUAUCCUGGAAAGAAUGGGAACCCUGACAAGCAUGCUGUUAAAGGAUUGUCGCUGGCUUUGCGCAAAGGGCAGUGCUUUGGGAUGCUGGGUCCCAAUGGGGCAGGAAAAACAUCCUUCAUCAACAUGAUGAUUGGCCUUGUGAAACCUACUUAUGGAACUGCUUACAUACAUGGAAUGGAUUUGAGGACAGACAUGGACGAAAUAUACACAAAUAUUGGUGUAUGCCCACAGCACGAUUUGCUUUGGGAGCCUCUGACAGGAAGAGAGCAUCUGAUGUUCUAUGGUCGGAUGAAGAAUCUCACAGGUGCUGCUCUAACACAGGCAGUGGAAGACUCCCUGAAGAGCGUAAAUCUGUUCCACAGCGGUUUCGGCGACAAAUCUGUAAGCAAGUACAGCGGGGGCAUGAAAAGAAGGCUCAGCGUCGCCAUCGCGCUCAUAGGCAAUCCUAAGGUUGUUUACAUGGACGAGCCGAGCACUGGGCUCGACUCAAGGUCGAGGAACGAUCUGUGGAACGUCAUCAAGCGAGCAAAGAAAGACUGCACCAUCAUUCUUACCACACAUUCCAUGGAGGAGGCUGAGGAGCUGUGCGAUCGCAUCGGCAUCUUCAUCAACGGCAACUUCCAGUGCAUUGGAACUCCCAAGGAGCUGAAGGCGAGGUAUGGCGGCACGCGGAUCCUGACGAUCACGACUUCGCCGGAGCACGAGGAAGCGGUGGAGAUGAUCGUGAGCCGGCUGUCGCCCGGCUACACCAGGAUCUACAGCGUGUCCGGAACGCAGAAGUUCGCGCUGCCUCGGCGGGAGGUGGGCCUUGUAAGCGUCUUCAGAGCAGUGGAGGUGGCGCGGCGAGCGUUCCCGGUGCUGGGGUGGGGCGUGGCGGACGCCACGCUGGAGGACGUGUUCGUCAGGGUGGCCAAGGAGGCCCGGGCGUUCAACGUUCUGUCAUAG